AUGAUACGAUUGGCCCGUUUUGGAAUGUCUUCAGGUAAAAAACAGGCCACCUUAGCGGCGUUUUUCAGCUCUAAAAAGAGAGAUGUGGACGAUACGUCAAAAUUGGACAAAACUGUCAAAAAGCCCAAAUUGAACGAUACAGAUGGUACAGAGCCAAAAAGCUCAUCUUUGGAGGUGUCGUCGUCGACACUUGAUCAGCCUGUGGUAGACCCAAUUCCUGCAUCGUUGAAGCCCGCGAAACCCGUUGUCCAAAACGAUAUCCCUGGUGCGCCAGAAAUAGUCCCCAAGGCCCCAAAACAGUCCAAGAUCCUGUAUUCUGAAAUCUGCAAUGUCUUCAACGAAAUCGAAACUACAUCUUCGAGACUACAGAUCGUCAAGUUGUGCAGUGAUUUCUUGUAUUCAGUACUUUCCCAUACUCAAGAUGAUCUCGUGCCAAUCACCUACCUGCUGAUAAACCGAUUGGGUCCCGAUUACCAGCCCGGACUCGAACUUGGGCUUGGAGAGGGGCUUCUCAUGAAGACGAUCAGCGAAAGUUGCGGCAAAUCUCUGCCACAAGUGAGGGCGCGCUACCGUGAGCUCGGUGAUCUGGGCCGCAUAGCUCAGGAGGCAAGAGCAGUACAGCCCACCAUGUUUAAGCCCAAGCCACUAACCACGGGUGAAGUGUUUGCCAAUCUACAGGCCAUUGCUAAAGCUCAAGGUAAAGAUUCACAAUUGCGUAAAAUCCAGUUGAUCAAGAAAAUGUUGACCGCAUGUGAGGGUGUAGAGGCUAAGUUUCUCAUAAGGUCUUUAGAGUCUAAACUCAGAAUUGGGCUCGCCGAAAAAAGCGUGUUGAUCGCACUAUCUAAGGCGAUCUUAACUCAUGAACACGACGGUAAAGAGCCCUCUGCCGCUUCCGUAGAUGCAGCUGAAGAGAAAAUUCGUGAUGCUUUCUGCCAAAUACCGAACUAUGAAAUUGUGAUAAAAACGGCUCUUAAACAUGGCAUCAUGAACUUAGAUAAACACUGCGUGUUGACGCCGGGCAUCCCACUCAAGCCCAUGCUGGCGAAGCCGUCAAAAUCCGUCUCUGAAGUUUUGGAUCGAUUUCAAGGACACAGGUUCACCUGUGAGUACAAAUACGAUGGCGAAAGAGCCCAAGUCCACUUGCUUCCAGAUGGCACGAUGCAUAUUUACUCUAGAAAUGGCGAAAACAUGACAGAAAGAUAUCCAGAGAUCAAAAUCAGCGAUUUUAUUGCGAACAAAGACGCUACACAUAGGCUUAUCUUGGAUUGUGAGGCGGUUGCAUGGGACAAGGAACGCAACACGAUUUUGCCCUUCCAAGUGCUGAGUACACGGAAACGAAAGGGCGUGGUGGCCGAAGACGUUAAAGUUAGAGUGUGCUUAUUUGCGUUUGACAUUCUGUGUUACAACGAUGAGCCUUUGAUAAGCCGUUCUUUUGCGGAACGCCGUGAGUACUUGCAUCGGGCGCUGAAGCCGGUUCCUGGGGAACUGCAGUUUGCUAGUGAAAUGACCACUACGAGUCUUGAAGAGAUGCAGCACUAUUUGGACCAAUCCGUGAAAGAUUCUUGCGAGGGUUUGAUGGUGAAAUCGCUGGACGGCGAGGAUUCGCAGUAUGAACCCAGCAAACGGUCCCGUAACUGGUUGAAGUUGAAAAAGGACUAUUUGCAAGGUGUGGGCGAUUCGCUGGACUUGUGUGUUUUGGGUGCAUACUAUGGGCGGGGAAAACGUACGGGUACUUACGGAGGGUUCUUACUGGGCUGCUACAACCAAGAUAGCGGCGAGUACGAGACCUGCUGCAAGAUCGGCACCGGGUUUUCCGAUGAGAUGCUGCAAAAGCUGUAUGACGAUUUGAAGCCCACAGAGAUUGACAAGCCGAAAGCUUUCUACGUUUACAGCGAAUCUGCGCCGCCCGACGUCUGGUUCGAGCCCACCAUGCUGUUCGAGGUCCUGACCGCGGAUCUAUCGCUUUCGCCAGUCUACAAGGCAGGCUCAGGUUCCUACGACAAGGGCAUAUCGCUACGAUUCCCAAGAUUCAUACGCAUACGAGACGACAAGGGUGUGGAGGACGCAACAUCUUCCGAGCAAGUUAUAGAGUUUUACGAGGCGCAAGCGCAUAUGAGCUAA